AACAAACCUACGUCACUUCCGGGCCCUGCCAACCAGCACUAGUGAUUAGAAGGAAUCGAAACUGUUGAAAGCUGCUUCGACUCCGAUGAGAUGAGAUGAGAUGAGAUGAGAUGGCUUGAACGAGUCACAGACAGUCACAUCAGCAGAAGAAACUAGAGAAGGAGAAGCCAUGGCCUGUGCCCGAGUGCCACUGGAUGAGCAGCAGGUGACUGAGCCGGGCCCGCUGGGAAAAGAACAGACACUGCCUGCACUGCACCCGGCCAGAAAGGAGGACCGCUGUUUUGUGCCUUACAAGCCCCCGCCAGAAGACCGCUCUCCUGCUGAGGUGGAGGCGUUUUUGGAACAUGCCAAAUUCAUCACAGAGGACCUGGAGUGGCUCCUCGCACUGCCCCAUGACAAGUUCUGGUGUCAGGUGGUGUUUGAUGAGUCUCUGCAGAGGUGCCUAGAUUCAUACCUGCAUCACGCUCCUCGCGGCCUCGACCUCGCCACCAUGCCCUCUUCCCAGGCGGUGGCCGACAUGCAGCGCUCCGUCCACAGGGCGGUCUUCUUGACCUUCCUCAGGAUGGCCACACAUAAAGAGUCCAAGGAGAACUUCCUCACCCCGUCUGUGUUUGGAGAAAUAAUUUAUGAGAACUUCCUGUUUGACAUUCCCAAAAUCCUGGAUCUAUGUGUGCUCUUUGGAAAGGGCAACAGCCAGCUGCUGCACAAGAUGAUAGAGAACAUUUUUACCCAGCAGCCGUCUUACUACGUCGACCUCGGUGAAACGGUGCCCACUGUGUUGCAGGUGUUUGACACCAUCCUGGACAAGUGUGGUCUCCACUGUGAAGGAGCCACGGCCAUGGAGCCGAUGAAGCUGAACGCACACAAACAGCCCACUGCCAUGACCAUGAACCAGCAGGAUCUUGUAGAUCUUAUUCUGUACCUGUGUGACUCGACCACCACCAUCCAUGCCUUCCUGGACAUCUUCCCUGCUGCCUGCUCCAGCUUCCACUCCCAUGGCUUCCUCAGCAGACUGACCUCGUUUUAUGAGACCACUGUGCCUGACCUCGAGAAGGCGGUGAGGAAGAGAAACUUUGAUGAUAAAGGUCUUCAGGAGGACUUGUGGAAGAGGUUGUCUCACUCCUGUCGUAAGAUAGUGGAGAUGGCUCACCUGCUGCUGCAUCACACCUGCCUACAGCCGAUCCUGGAGGGGGGAGAAAACAUGCAAUCAUUUGCAGAUGAGCUCCUACAACAUUUCACAUCUUUUUUACCUGAGAAAAGGUUUUUGUCAGACUAUGAUGAGCAGUUCCCCAUCGCAGACGACAUCAGCCUCCUACAGCAGGCCCUCCCUGUCAUUGAUGAGACCCGGACGUCCUACCUGCUCCAGGGGGUGGAGGAUGCCUGGGACUGUGUGGGCCGACGGAGACCUCACAGUCAGAUUCAGCAUCAGGGAGCGAUGGACGGUGAUGCUGCUUCUGCUUCUGGUGCUGCCGCCGCUUCAGCUUCAGCUGGCUUUAAACUUCAGGAGGCUCGAGAGCCAGAAGGAGGAGAGAGUCUGAGGGGAGCAGAGGCCAUGCUGGAUGUUCCCCGAAAAGGAAACAAUGGUGCUGUGUGUGCGGUGAGUGAGGCGGAGCUGGAGUCUCUGUUGUCGUGUAUCAGGGACCUGCUGCCUGAUCUGGGCGAAGGCUUCCUGCUGGCCUGCCUGCAGGAGUACAACUACAACACUGAGCUGGUCAUCAACAACAUCCUGGAGGACCGCCUAGCACCCAACCUGGACAAACUGGACCGUGCCAUGCCAAGGCCAGUGAAGGAGGUGCUUCCAGAUGUUCUGAACGUCAGAUCCAACGUGUUUGAUGAUGAUGAAUUUGACGUUUUCCGCCGAGACCAGGUGGAUAUGUCCCGCAUCUGGAAGGGCAGGAGGAAAGGUGAGAGCGCUGAAGAGUUGCUGAACGACAAGCAGCACAUAGCAGAGCAGAAAGCUCGUUAUCAGUCUUACGAGACGGUGGUGGACGUGGUCGUCAUUGAACCCGGUGAAAGUGCAGAAGCCUACGACCUGGACGAGGACUACGACGACGAGUACGACGACACCUACGACAUGAGUCAAGUGGGAGCCAAUGACCUGGAUGGAGAGGGUUUACUGAGCAGAAGGCCUUUCACGGUCCCACAGAUACUGAGAAAAGGAAACAAACCAGAAUUAGAACAGGAGGUUGAAGAUGAAGAGGAGGAAGAGACACUACAGAACAAUGUAAACAGGGACCAGUUUGUGCAGGACCCGGCUCUGCUGAGAGAGAGGGCCGACGCUAGAAGAGCUGCCAUGCAUCAAAGGAAAGGUUUCCGACCGGAGCCGCGUCCCAAUAACGUAGUGGGCCAACCCAAAGGCCAAGGACAAACCACGGAGACAUUCCUGGACCGACGCAAGAAGGAAGCCAACAAGGGCCGAGGGGCUAACCACAACCGCCGCAACAUGGCCGACCGCAAGAGGAACAAAGGCAUGAUCCCCUCCUGACCUGCGUGACGGCCUGCUGCUCCAACCAAAACAGAAGGACGGUAGGAAGGUGGCUGAGGUAUGAGUCAGUGAAGGGAAAGAAAAAUUGGGGUUUUGGCGUCGUCCUGGGUUCAAUUUGUCCCCCACGAUCACACCUCAGCCCGUCUUUGCUCGAAGGAAAAGCCACCGAAGGUUUUGAGUUGUUGGUGAAAAGUUGCUUUAGUUUACUGACUUUCUUUGACAGGGCUUUUGUGAACGGAAGUUGCCAAGCAGCUUUUAGCGUUUGAGCCUAAAGGACGUUCAGCUCUUUGGUUUUUAAUGAGCUAUAAAAAGAAAAUAAUUUGGGCCAAAGUCCUGAGUGUGAGCCAGAGACUUGAGGACAAAGAAUAAGACCUUUAUUUUUGCCAAGUAACAAAUUCAGUUUAUUAUUAAGAUAUUUCUUUGACAUCAUCAUCAAAUAGACAACAUAGGAAUAAAAGGAAGCAACAUCCAGGGUUAUUGGAGAGACUGUGGUUCCUUCUGUAGCUGGAAGAACAAUUACUGACCUGGUGAUCAAGUCUGGACAUCAGUGGCAGGCUGCUCUUACUACUCACUCUGUAUGAGUAGCUUGUGUGAAAGCUGCAUGCAAUAUUCAAAUGCACGCAUUGUGAUGUCAUCCACCCAGUUCACACCACUGUUGUCCAGCCUUCGUAAAAGAAAUCAAUUCAUAACGACGCUGUUGUGUUUGGAAGCACGUGCCGUACAGAGACGCCUCAGACUAGCUGUGGGGGAAACCUCCGACAUGUUGCCAUGCACAGACUAUUUUCUAUGAAGAGAACAGAUCUAUCAGAGCAUUUUGUAACAAAAAAAGCACAUGUAAUUGCUUUUUGGAGUUGGCAUUGCAAAAAAAAAAAAUACCAUAAAAUAAAUACAAUAAUACUAUUGUUUUUGA